CAGGGCUCCCCUCCAAGAUGGCGGCGGCGGCUUCGGCGGCGCGGAGCGUGGCGCGUGCCCGGGGGGGCCUCCUGCUCCCGCCCCCGCCCGGGGGGCCCCGCGCGCGGGCUAACAUGGCAUCUCUGUCUAGUCUCUCCCGGGGCAGGAAGGUGGCCCUGACCACCCUGGGUGUGUUGACAGCGGGCGGAGCAGGCCUUGCCUUGGCCCUUCACACAGCAGUGAAUGCCGGGGAGUUGGAGCUGCACCCCCCCAACUAUCCGUGGAGCCACAGUGGGAUGCUGUCUGCCCUGGACCACAGCAGCAUCCGGCGUGGCUACCAGGUGUACAAGCAGGUCUGUUCUGCUUGCCACAGCAUGGACUACUUGGCCUUCCGCAAUCUCGUUGGAGUCUCUCACACGGAAGCUGAAGCCAAGGCCUUAGCUGAAGAGGUCGAGGUGCAGGACGGACCCAAUGAAAAUGGCGAGAUGUUCAUGCGUCCCGGCAAGCUUUCCGAUUACUUUCCCAAGCCUUACCCCAAUCCCGAAGCAGCACGGGCAGCUAAUAACGGGGCGCUCCCACCGGAUCUCAGCUACAUUGUCAACGCCAGGCAUGGCGCGGAGGACUACGUGUUCUCUCUUCUCACUGGCUACUGUGAUCCGCCCACCGGGGUGACAAUGCGGGAGGGGCUGUACUACAACCCCUUCUUCCCUGGGCAAGCAAUCAGCAUGGCCGCGCCCAUCUACAACGAGAUCUUGGAGUUUGAGGAUGGGACCCCGGCCACCAUGUCACAGAUAGCCAAGGACGUCUGCACCUUCCUGCGAUGGGCAGGAGAGCCAGAACACGACCACCGCAAGAGGAUGGGCCUGAAGGUGCUACUGAUUGGAGGCCUUCUGACGCCCCUCUUCUAUUACUUGAAGCGACACAAGUGGUCAGUGCUGAAGAGCAGGAAGAUCGCCUACCGCCCCCCCAAGUGA